UUUGAGAAGUACGAACGUGAUGGAGUGUAGAAAAUCCCACCACCAUCGAACCGAAUCCUAUGUACAGCCUCGCUUAUAAGCGACUUCAAUGCAGAGUAGCCUGGAGAAUGGCCCUCGAUAAGCUCCAGAAUGGGGUUGACUCCAAUACCCGCAGCGUUGAUCACUUGAAAACUUCCACACCGCCCAUCCUCCAACUUGACAGACAUGCAGGACUUCCAUCUUCGUCGAACAUAACCACUUGAUUCACAGUUGUCCCUCUAGUUCACGUCAUCUUGCGGAAGUCAUGAUACUCCGCAUAUGACACUGUGGAGAGGAACAAAAUUCGAGAUUUGGUGACAGGUGAACCUAAAGUUACACAAGAUGGCUGGACGUCGUCCCUCCGAGACAGCCGCUCUACUCAACGAGCAUGGAAUUGACGACUUUAGGAAGUCCGUGGCUCAGGCCGAGGAGAGAAACUAUGGUACCGCUGGAGUAGAUGAGGAGAUACCCUCGAGCAAAGAUCCAAACCUCGAAACGACAUGGAAAAUCGAAACGGGCUUCGUCGCUCGAUACUCGGGGCCACUGAUAUUGACCUACUUCCUUCAAUAUUCCUUUUCCCUUGUUACUGUCUUUGUGGCUGGGCGACUAGGCACCAAGGAGCUGGGCGCAGCCUCACUUGCUACCAUGACUGCUAAUAUCACCGGACUUUGCAUAUACGAAGGGUUGGCAACGAGUCUUGACACACUCACCUCCCAGGCCUUCGGAAAUGGCAAAAAGCAGCAGGUGGGACUGCACGUACAACGUAUGUGCUUGCUGGUUUGCGUGGUCACCAUUCCUAUCGGCGCUGUUUGGAUCUGCUCACCUUGGAUUCUGGCAGCUCUGGUUCCCGAAAAGGACGAGGCACAUCUGGCGGGCAUGUUCAUGCGAAUCUAUCUGCUCGGUGCGCCUGGUUGGGCGAUAUUCGAGGCAGGGAAGCGACUUUGUCAGGCGCAGGGUGACUUCACAGCAUCACUUGUGGUCAUUGUAAUUUGCGCACCGUUGAACAUCCUCUGGAAUUGGCUGCUUGUCUUCCGCCUCAACCUAGGCUUUGCUGGUGCAGCUUGGGCUGUUGUGAUUUCGAACAACCUACAACCAGUUGUUCUAGCCAUCUACGUCGCUGUUUUUGCGAGAUCAAAUUUGCAGUGUUGGCCAGGACUACAGCUACGACGCGCCUGCGCAAACUGGGGCCCCAUGGUCAAGUUAGCCUUGCCUGGUGUGCUGAUGACAUUCUCAGAAUGGCUUGCAUUUGACGUCCUCUCCAUUGCUGCUGGCCAUCUCGGCCCAACCGAGCUUGCUGCUCAAUCAGUCCUGAUGACCGUCGCCGUUACCAUCUACCACGUUCCAUUUCCCACGUCGAUCGCAGCCUCGACACGAUUUGGGAAUCUGAUCGGGCAUGGCGCGUUAAAUGCUGCCAGAAUAGCAUGGAAGACGCAUUACAUCAUCUUUGUCUGCAUUGGACUUUUUGACGUUGUUCUUUUGACCUCUUGUCGCCAUGUCAUUGCGGCCAUAUUUACCACUGACGAUGCUGUACGUGCUGUUAUCGCCACAGUCAUCCCAAUCAUGGCAGCGGCACAGCUAUUCGACGCCCUAGUGGCCAUUUCCAAUGGUCUGCUGCGUGGGUUAGGGAGACAGAAAAUAGGGGGAUGGGUGAACCUGGGCGUAUACUACCUGUUUGCUCUGCCCUUGUCGUUUUUUCUGACUUUUGGGCCGGCCCAGAUGGGACUGAGCGGUUUGUGGAUUGGUCCUUGUGCCGGGCUCGGCUGUGCUUCCCUGACGAUGACACUCUAUAUGCGAUUCACCAAUUGGGAAAAGGCGGUGGAAGAUGCAAGGGCUAGAGAAGAGUAAGGGAUGGUCAAUCGAGCGAUGCGCUUAUCUCUGGCCUACGAAAAGAUUCUGCGGCUGGCUAUCAGCGGUUGAGACGCAUAUGAGGCGGAGUGUUAUCAACCGAGCAUAAAAAGCUAACCUGGGAACUGGUUUGCGCACGACCAUCUUACAGCAGAACCCCUACCAGAGCUUAUUCGACAAGCAUAACGAUGUCAUCUUCGCUGCCAGACAAGGCCGGCAAAGUUGCGUUGGAUGCAGGGCGCGUUCUUUGUUAUUCCGGAGCCAGCCGCACACAACCGAGAUUAACCGCAGUAUG